CAGGACACUACUGGAUCCCCUCAAAAACGGGGAGAUGCGGCCCUUUGCCCCCCUGCGGACCUGACUCAGGCGACCCUCUCCACACACAGCCCCGAUACCCGGCGCUAAGACCCAGCGGGCGCUCCGGCCCGGCCCCUGCUCCCGCCUGCCGGGCCCCAGACGCCUUCUCUGCUCGGGAGCGCCGGCCGGGGCACGGCGGGGGCAUGGGCAGCGCGGCGUGGGGGCUGCUGUGGCUGCUGCUGGCCAGCGCCGGGGCCCAGUACGAGAAGUACAGCUUCCGGGGCUUCCCGCCGGAGGACCUGAUGCCCCUGGCCGCGGCCUACGGACACGCGCUGGAGCAGUACGAGGGCGAGAGCUGGCGCGAGAGCGCGCGCUACCUCGAGGCGGCGCUGCGGCUGCACCGGCUGCUGCGGGACAGCGAGGCCUUCUGCCACGCCAACUGCAGCGGCUCCGCGCCGCCCGAGGCCUCGUCGCCCGGGCCCGGCCCCGACGGCGGGAGCGACGAAGAGUGGGCCCGCGAGCUGCAGCUCUUCGGCCACGUCCUGGAGCGCGCCGCCUGCCUGCGACGCUGCAAGCGGACGCUGCCCGCCUUCCAGGUGUCCUACCCGCCGCGGCAGCUGCUGCGCGACUUCCAGAGCCGCCUGCCCUACCAGUACCUGCACUACGCGCUGUUCAAGGCUAACCGGCUGGAGAAGGCGGUCGCCGCGGCCUACACCUUCCUCCAGAGGAAUCCGAAGCACGAGCUAACCGCCAAGUAUCUCAGCUACUACCGGGGGCUGCUGGACGCCGCCGAGGAGUCCCUCACCGACUUGGAGGCGCAGCCCUACGAGGCCGUGUUCCUCCGGGCCGUGAAGCUCUACAACAGCGGGGACUUCCGCAGCAGCACCGAGGACAUGGAGCGGGCUCUGGCCGAGUACCUGGCGGUCUUUGCCCGCUGUCUGGCUGGCUGUGAGGGGGCCCAGGAGCAGGUGGACUUCAAAGACUUCUACCCAGCCAUAGCAGAUCUCUUUGCAGAAUCCUUGCAGUGCAAGGUGGACUGUGAGGACAACCUGACCCCCAAUGUGGGCGGCUACUUCGUGGAGAAGUUCGUGGCGACCAUGUACCAUUACCUGCAGUUUGCCUACUACAAGUUGAAUGACGUGCGCCAGGCUGCCCGCAGUGCCGCCAGCUACAUGCUGUUCGACCCUGAGGACAGUGUCAUGCAGCAGAACCUGGUGUAUUACCGUUUCCACCGGGCCCGCUGGGGGCUGGAGGAGGAGGACUUCCAGCCUCGGGAGGAAGCUGUGCUCUAUCAUAACCAGACCGCUGAGCUGCGGGAGCUGCUGGAGUUUGCACACAUGUAUCUCCAGUCAGACGAUGAGAUGGAGUUGGAGGAGACAGAACUGCCUGUGGAGCCUGAGGAGCGCCCAUCUGACGCUGAGUUUGAGGGGGAGGGAGACUAUGAAGAGGGCAUCUUUGCUGACUGGUGGCAGGAGCCAGAUGCCAAGGGUGACGAGGCUGAGGCUGAGCCAGAGCCCAAACUGGCGUGAGGAAGGGGCCGCCUUCAUACCCCUCAAGAGCUUGGGAAGCCUGGGCCCGAUGGCACCACCACUUCGCAGCCUGGGAAGCAGGAACUAUUUAUUAAAACUUAAAGUGGACACAGCUGACCUGGCCCGGAUCCUGGCCCACCUGCGAGCACUGUCUCCCCAGGCCCCUCCUGCUGCCUCCUCUGCGUCUCUAGACCACAGGGUGGCAGGGGUGCUGCAGGCCAGUGCUGGGCCAACAUGGUCCCAUCCUACUGCCCACUGCUCUCGGCUCCUGGACACUCUCCUGGAGAAGUUUCCAGCUUCUGGUUGUAACCUCAGCGGGAGUUGCAGAGAUGGCAGAAGGACAGCUGGGGGCCGGGGAGCCCUAGACCUGGAGUCUAGAGGGCCCUGGCACACUGGCAGCGGGGACUAAUAAAGUUUAUUGUUGAGUGAA